UAUGCCUUUUAACAGUUGAUUGAGUAAUUAGCUUCCUAGCAUUUAGAAUUGUAUUGCCAGGGAAAUGGGGACUUCAGCACACCCACCGCCCCACUGGCCUCCACUCCUCUUUGCUUUCACAUUUUGCCUUGUAGCAACAAUUGCGGUUGCUUAUCAACCUUACGAAUAUUCCUCUCCACCAAAGCACCCUGCCUACAAACAUUAUUCUCCUUACUAUUACAAUUCACCACCUCCUUACUACUACAAGUCUCCACCUCCACCAUCUCCCUCACCACCUCCUCCUUACUAUUACAAAUCACCACCACCCCCUUCACCUAGUCCCCCACCACCAUACUACUACAACUCACCACCUCCACCAUCUCCUUCACCACCUCCUCCUUACUAUUACAAGUCUCCACCCCCACCCUCACCUAGUCCCCCACCACCAUACUACUACAAGUCACCACCUCCACCGUCUCCCUCACCACCUCCUCCUUACUAUUACAAAUCACCACCACCCCCUUCACCUAGUCCCCCACCACCAUACUACUACAAGUCACCACCUCCACCGUCUCCCUCACCACCUCCUCCUUACUAUUACAAAUCACCACCACCCCCUUCACCUAGUCCCCCACCACCAUACUACUACAACUCACCACCUCCACCAUCUCCCUCACCACCUCCUCCUUACUACUACAAAUCACCACCACCACCUUCACCUAGUCCUCCACCACCAUACUACUACAAGUCACCACCUCCACCAUCUCCCUCACCACCUCCUCCUUACUACUACAAAUCACCACCCCCACCUUCACCUAGUCCUCCACCACCCUACUACUACAAGUCUCCACCUCCACCAUCCCCUAGUCCCCCACCACCAUACUACUACAAAUCACCACCCCCACCAUCUCCUAGCCCUCCACCACCAUAUUACUACAGGUCCCCACCUCCACCAUCUCCUAGUCCACCAUCACCGUACUACUACAAGUCACCACCACCCCCUUCACCUAGUCCCCCACCACCAUACUACUACAAGUCACCGCCUCCACCAUCUCCUAGUCCCCCACCACCAUACUCUUACAAGUCACCACCACCACCAUCUCCCUCACCACCACCUCCAUACUACUACAAAUCUCCUCCUCCACCGUCUCCAUCACCCCCUCCUCCUUACUACUACAAAUCACCACCACCUCCUUCUCCAUCACCCCCGCCACCUUACUAUUAUAAGUCACCUCCUCCACCACCUCCUUAUCACUACUAGUCACCUCUCCUUGAGUGAAAUUUCCACCUCAUUAUUACCCUACAUCACCACAGUUUCAAAGGGCCACUAAGCUAAGUUAAUAUUUAAUCUCUUUACACGGGUUGAAGAUUUGACAAGGAAGAAGAAUAAUUGUGGAAUUUCUUUGAUAAGCUUCUUGAACAUGUUUUUCAGUAUUCUUCAUUUAUAUAUGUAAAUUGUGUUUGCUUUUUUUUUUUUUUUAAGCAAAAGGGUCCAGUACUUGUUAAGAUCCUUGAUGAGUUAUUUAAUACUAAUGU